AUGGCGGAAAUUUCUGAUACUCAAGGAAAGGUUAUCGCCUGCAAAGCGGCAGUGGCAUGGGAAGCAAAAGCACCAUUAUCAAUUGAGAAUAUUGACGUGGCACCGCCACAAGCCCAUGAAGUUAGGAUAAAAGUGUUUUACGCUGCGGUAUGUCACACAGAUGCCUAUACCCUUGAUGGUCACGACCCUGAAGGUAUUUUUCCUGUUGUCCUUGGACACGAGGGUGCUGGCGUAGUGGAGAGUGUUGGAGAAGGAGUCACUGCGUUCAAGCCAGGGGAUCAUGUUAUACCACUAUACGUACCACAAUGUAAGGAAUGCAAGUUUUGUCUCAAUCCAAAAACAAACUUGUGCCAGAAAAUACGUGUGUCUCAAGGGAAUGGUGUUAUGCCAAAUGGCACGACGAGAUUCAGUUGUAAUGGAAAACGCCUUUAUCACUUUAUGGGUUGUUCUACAUUUAGCGAAUAUACUGUCGUAGCCGAUAUUUCAUUAUGUAAGAUUAAUCCGAAAGCUCCACUUGAAAAGGUUUGCUUACUCGGUUGCGGAGUAUCUACUGGUUAUGGGGCUGUACUUAAUACAUGCAAGGUAGAGCCUGGUAGCACGGUUGCUGUUUGGGGUCUUGGAGCUGUAGGCCUUGCCGUGAUAAUGGGUGCUAAAUUAGUUGGUGCAAAAAGAAUUGUCGCUAUUGAUGUUAUGGAAAGUAAAUUUGAAGCAGCUCGACGUUUCGGAGCAACAGAUUGUGUCAACCCCAAGUCAGUACCCGAUGGUAAGUCUGUGCAGACUUGGCUCGUGGAGAAUUACGAUGGAGGUUUUGAUUACACUUUCGAGUGUAUUGGCAACGUGAACACAAUGCGUCAAGCUCUGGAAGCUUCACAUAAGGGUUGGGGAGUUUCGUGCAUAAUUGGUGUAGCCGCAGCAGGACAAGAAAUCUCGACUCGUCCUUUUCAACUGGUCACUGGAAGAACAUGGAUUGGAUCUGCAUUUGGCGGUUGGAAGAGUGUGGACAGCGUGCCGGAACUUGUUGAUGAUUAUUUGGAGAGUAAAAUAAAACUGGAUGAAUUUAUCACUCAUAAUUUCAAGUUCGAUGAGUUGAAUCUUGCAUUUGACGUUUUACAUCGUGGGGAAAGCCUGCGUAGUGUCGUCGGCAUCGUUUGA